CAGUUAAUGAAUAUUAUGGUCAUAAUAUACUGCUGUGGUUUGAAUGUAUCCUCCUAAUUUCAUGUGUUGGAAACUUAACUCCCAAUUGGGGCAGUAUUGAAAGCUGGCUACAGCCUACACCUAUAACCCCAGCACUUUGCGAGGCCAAGAUGGGAGGAUCGCUUGAAGUCGGGAGUUCAAGACCAGCCUAGGCAACAAAGCUACAAACCAUCUUUCCAGCAAGUUAAAAACUAAAAAAUAAAUUAGCUGGGCCUGGUGGUGCACAUCUGUAAUCCCAGCUACUGGGGAGGCUGAGGCAGAAGGAUCUCUUGAGCCCAGGAGGUGGGGGCUGCAGUGAGCUGAGAUCCAUCACUGAACUCCAGCCUGGGCUCAGAGCCAGCCUCUGUCGAUCAAUCAAUCAAUCAGUCAAUCAGUGUCUCGUCUGGGCCUAAAUUUCUCUAGAACACAAUGGAAGAAGGAAAGUGGAAGAAGGUGGAUGUAACCCACAGCUGGGAGCUCUGAACUCUGCUGGUGGCAGAUGGCUCUCAUGUCCUCACCAGGUUGCCCUGCAAUCACAUGCUGCAUCCUUUUUCCUGAACCUGCCCCACGUGCCCCACCACGCAGCCACUCCGAGGGUUCCUUCAAGGGCGGCAGCCCUGUCACGUGUUCCAAAAGUGCUCCCCUGUGUCCUGACAGCCUUGCCAUGUGUCCCAUCAUGCCCCACAUGCUCCCACUGUGUGCCCCACCUCGCACCCAUGCCCCAUCAUGUUCUGCGUGCUCGUUAGGUGCCCCAAUAUUCCCCGCGCGCUCCCAUUACGUACCCAGCCUCACACCCCUGCAAGUUCCCCAUCAUGCUUUCUGUCGCUCCAGUUAGGUGCCCCAUCCUGCCCCACGCGCUCCAAUUACGUGCCCCACCUAACCGCCCCACGUCCGUGCCCCAUCAUGCCCCGCACGCUCCGGUUACAGGCCCCGCCUCGCGCUCCCUCACGUGCCCCAUCAUGCACUGCGCGCUCCCAUUAUAUGCCACCACCUCACGCCCCUGCACGUGCCCAACGUGCCCUGCGUGGUCGCGUUACAUAUCCCAUCACGUUUCGUGCGCUCCUAUUACCUGCCGCACCUCGCACCUCACGGCGCGGCCUAUGUAGUUCCAGAGCUCGCGAGAGCCAGGGCCGUUGGCGACAGUUGGAACGAAAUGAUGAGUGCCUUCUCGUGGCCCCAGAAUGGAAUGCCGCCAUCGAUAUUACACUGUGGGGCAUGGAGCUGGGUCUUCUGAGCAUGCGGAGAGGAGAGCUGGCCAGGUUUCUGUUCAAACCGAACUACGCCUAUGGAACUUUGGGCUGCCCUCCCUUAAUCCCCCCAAACACCACUGUCCUGUUCGAGAUUGAGCUGCUUGACUUCCUAGACUCUGCUGAGUCGGACAAGUUUUGUGCUCUCUCAGCUGAGCAGCAAGACCAAUAUCCACUUCAGAAGGUCCUUAAAGUGGCAGCUACAGAACGGGAGUUUGGCAAUUACCUUUUCCGCCAGAAUCGUUUCUGUGAUGCCAAAGUGAGAUAUAAAAGGGCCUUGUUGCUUCUGCGCCGGCGAUCAGCACCCUCUGAAGCGCAGCACCUGGUGGAGGCCGCCAAGCUUCCUGUUCUCCUGAACCUGUCCUUUACAUACCUGAAGCUAGACCGACCCACCAUAGCCCUGCGCUAUGGAGAGCAGGCUUUGAUCAUUGACCAAAAGAAUGCCAAGGCCCUCUUCAGGUGUGGACAGGCUUGUCUUCUCCUGACUGAGUAUCAAAAGGCCCGGGAUUUUCUAGUCCGAGCCCAGAGGGAGCAACCCUUCAAUCACGACAUCAAUAACGAGCUGAAGAAACUGGCUAGCGAUUACAGGGACUACGUGGAUAAAGAGAAAGAAAUGUGGCACCGCAUGUUCGCGCGCUGUGGCGAUGGUUCUACAGCAGGAGAAAGCUGAAGGUUCUUCACCUACCAGCGAGGGGAGAGAGCUGUGGUUCUGCAUCGUUGGGGGAGUGGAAGGGAGCUCCCCAGUGCCACCGUGGCAGCCACCUUCCUGGAGCAGGGCUUGGAAUGCCCCGUGGCCGCAUCUCUGACAGACGCGGCUGAAAUGUGUUUUCACAGGUGCUGUUUUCUGUUUUCCGUGUUCAUAACACAGGAGGGGAGAGCGUAGCUACUGACAAGUAGAACACUGCUACUUUUUUAAGGCAGUUUCUUGUUUUUUUAGACAGAAUUAGUCUUUGGCUUCCCUCCCAGUCCCAGCCCCCCUUCCGGCUGCGAGUGUCCCCGGGUCGACACCAAUAGAGAUUGCUUUGUGUAUUUUGUAGGGUUCUCUGUUUUGAAGAGAGAAUUAUGUUACAAAUGUUUUUGUUGUCAAUAAAUAAAACACUUCCUUGUCCUUGCAA